AGUAGGAUGGCUCAGGAGGAGGCCGGGAGCCUGCCCGAGGUGCGGGCGCGGGUCGGGGCCUCGCAUGGCAUCACCGACCUGGCCCACAAGCUCCGCUUCUAUGACCGCUGGGCUCCGGACUAUGAUCAGGAUGUGGCUGCCCUGCAGUACCGUGCCCCCCGACUCGCAGUGGACUGCCUCACCCAAGCCCUUCCGGGCCCGCCCCACGCUGCCCUGAUCCUGGAUGUGGCCUGUGGCACUGGCCUGGUGGCUGCUGAGCUGCAGGCUCGGGGCUUUGUCCAGCUGCACGGGGUGGAUGGGAGCCCAAGCAUGCUGGAACAGGCCCAGGCCCGCGGCCUCUACCAGCGCCUCAGCCUCUGCACCCUGCGCCAGGAGCCUCUGCCCAGCUCUGAAGGGACCUUUGACGCAGUGCUAGUGGUUGGUGCCCUCAGUGAUGGCCAGGUGCCCUGCAGUGCGAUAGCUGAGCUCCUGCAAGUUACCAAGCCCGGUGGGAUGGUGUGUCUGAUCACCAGGGCCAACCCAUCCAACCUGCGAUACAAGGAGGCACUGGAGGCCACCCUGGACAGGCUGGAGCAGGCCGGGGCCUGGGAACGCCUGGUGGCCUGGCCUGUGGACCGUGGGAACUGGCCACCUCCGAGCUCGAGCUGGUGCCUGGCGCUUCUGACAGUGAUGGCUUCAUCUCCGGCAUCAUCUACCUGUACCAAAAGCAGAAGGUGACCCAGUCGAGGGAGUGAGGCCCAGUCUUCAGCCCCUGGUUGGCCACUGACCCUCCAUGUGGCCUCAGCCAGGCCCAUCCUCAGGCCUCCUCUGCUUUGUGAAAUGGGGCCACUGUGCCAAUCCUGCCCCUCAGGAGAGCUCAGCUUAUUAAAUGAGUCCAGAAGGGGAGGCAGGACUCUGGCUCUGUGGAUCUCUUGCCCCAGGAAAGAGUGACCUCUGUCCCUGAGAAAGACAGAAGUGAGAAGGGACAGGACAGAGAGGGCCCCCGAACGUGGCCGUCCCUGAACCAGGCAUGCUAGGGCCACAGAUGUGACUUGAUGACUCCUCCAUGAGGUCCGGGCCCUCCCACCUCUGCCUCAUGGACCAGGACCAUGCUCACCCAUCUGGGCCAUGGCCGUGCACUUUCACAUGUCCAGGAUUCGGUCUCCUCUCUAAAGGGGUGGGAACACUGAGCUCAGGGCAAGGCUUGGAGACUGCCCUCAGCUGGGCAAGUGAAAGGGCUUUGGUGACUG